AGUGAUGAUUAGGUUGUACGCCUUUGUGAAACGGGUUUUUUCAUCCCAAAAUCUAGCUUCUCUUCAUACUCAGGACCCUUGCUGCAGCAGAGGCGUUGUAGUGAGCCGCGCCGGACGCCUCGGGUUUCCGUUCGAGACGCAAAACAUUGGUUGGUGCUUUUGCUUCCCUUCCCAUGUCCUACCAACCGAUGACCUGACAUUAUAAAAGCUUGAGUACCCUCCUCUCGCCAUUCACUAGUCUUUAGACUUGCACUUCUUGUCCCCCCACGAUUGUAUCGCGUAGGCCAAAAACCGUCUUUUUCUCCCCCGGGGCGCGAUUCUUCCAGCUUAACAAUUUGGUAUUUCCCGCUGCUGGUCUUGACAGUCGAAGCUCCUGAUCCCACGGAACGAUUUCAGGACUAACACUGAAACUGGGUGUGCCGGACUUUGCCAACAAACCAACACAACAUCAAAACAGAAGCAAAACGACAUCAUGACGCAAACCAUCGUGGUCUUGGGCGGUGCCUAUGCCGGUAUCGAAAUUUCACACAGACUUCUCAAGUACACACGGAAUUCAGUCAAGGAUCUCAAAGUUAUUCUUGUUUCCAAGAACAGCCACUUAUACUGGAAUAUGGCCUCCGUCCGCGCCAUCGUGCCAGGCGUGUUGACGGAGGAGCAGAUCAGUGCCUCCAUUGAGACGGGCUUCUCCAAAUAUCCUGCUGAAGCCUUCGAGUUCAUCGUCGGCUCCGCUGAAAGCUCAGACUUGGAUGCUAAAACCGUCACCAUCGCAACAGCUAACGGCGAGCGCACCCUAAACUAUGAUCACCUGGUCCUGGCGACUGGCUCCCGCACCGUCGAUGACCAGGUCCCAUGGAAGGGUAAUGGCACCAAUGAACAGAUUCAGGCCAUGCUGCGCGAUACCCAACAGAAGGUUGCCGCAGCGAAGCACAUUGUGGUCGCCGGUGCUGGUGCGACUGGCGUAGAGACGGCCGGUGAGCUCCGGUACGAAUACAAAGACAAGGAGGUCGUUCUUCUGUCCGCGGACCCGCAGAUCCUUGGCGGAGACGUCAUUGCUGGGAAUGCGGCGAGUGAACUGAAGAAGCUCGGCGUCACGAUCAAGACGAGUGCUAGAGUGGUUGGCCACAACGUAACUGCGGAUGGGCAGACGGAGGUCACGCUCGAGAACGGAGAGAAGAUCACUACGGAUCUGUACUUGCCCACGAUGGGCAUGCGGGCCAACUCGGAGUAUCUGCCCGCCAAGGUCAAGAAGGAGCAUGACUUCGUCGACGUAGAUGAGUUUUACCGGGUGAAGAACGUGGAGAACGUAUGGGCGGCUGGCGAUAUCGCAUGGUCUCCCAGGGGAAGUUUCGUGGCCACGCAAAAGCAAGCCGGCGGUGUAGCCAAGAAUCUUGAUCUUAUCCUCCACGGCAAGGCCCCUAUACCCGUCAAGCUGCUGCCCGUUGACCCAUUCCUUUGUGCGACGGGCCGCGGUCGUGGCGCCGGUCGUAUCAAUGGGUUCAAGGUCUUCUCGCUCAUGGUGUACAUGAUCAAGGGCAAGACGCUAGGCACUAAUCAUCUACCCGGUUACAUUGACGGAAGCUCAUUUUAGGUCUAGCAACUCUUCGAGGGCAAGGUGUUCGAUUGAAACGGCAGUCGAUGUGGAAUCGAUACGGGGUAGUGAAUUUGUCCCAAAAGCAGCAUUGGUUGUUGGUGUGCCCAAGUACUCUUGUAUGGUGUAAAGAACCAUGACGUGGAAGCGGGGAGGUGUUGAGUAUCAUUUGUAUAGAUACCCUGCCCCUUGUGUUUUGAUUCCUGCUGACUAACAAUAUCCAAUGGCGAGACUAAUAAAAUAUGCUUCCUUGCGCCCAC